GUUUCAAUGAUAGGAGUGCCCAAUUCGGGGUGAACAAUGGUGAAUUGGCUCAGAGAUCUGCACCAGUAAUGGAACACGGCAAGUUACCAAGAGUCUCAAGUAGUCCAUUGCUGAAAACACUUGGAUCUCAAAUUGGUACCCCGGAGAACAAGAAUUCUGCAUUUCAGGAGCAGGACAAAAUGGAAGUGACCAAUUCUCAAGAGGAAUCUACAAUUUCUGAGCAAACCCCAAAUGGAGAAACUGGGGGGAAAACUUCUCAAGAUAUGAAUUCCAGGAAAAGAAAAGCUUCUUCCAAAGGAAAAGCCAAAGAAACUUCAAACUCUACUAAUCCCACUAAGGGUGUUGAAGCUAGUGAUGAUUCAAAUUCAAAGCGCUGCAAGACAAAUGAGGGUGAAGGAAAUGAAAACGGGACAGUGAAAGUUGAGGAAGAGUCUAGAGCAGUGGAUGAGAAACAAAAGAAAAGUAACUCAAAACCUCCUGAGCCUCCAAAAGAUUACAUUCAUGUAAGAGCAAGAAGAGGCCAAGCCACUGACAGCCAUAGUCUUGCAGAACGUGUACGGAGAGAGAAAAUCAGUGAGAGGAUGAAGCUGCUCCAAGAUCUUGUACCAGGUUGCAACAAGGUCACUGGCAAGGCACUUAUGCUAGAUGAAAUUAUAAAUUAUGUUCAGUCAUUGCAACGACAAGUUGAGUUCCUGUCUAUGAAGUUGGCUUCUGUUAACACAAGGAUGGAUCUUAGUAUUGAGAGUCUUACUUCAAAAGAUGUAUUUCAAUCAAAUAAUUCUUUGGCAACACACCCAAAUCCAAUAUUCCCAUUAGAUUCCUCAGCACAAGCCUUUUAUGGACACCAGCCUCAGCAAAAUCCAUUUAUCCAUAAUAACACACCUAACAGAACGGUGUCCCACUGCUCAGUGGACCCAUUAGAUACUUCUUUGUGCCAAAAUCUUGGCAUGCUGUUACCUCCCCUAAAUGGGUUUAAUGAAGGUGGCUCUCAGUUUCCAUUAACAUUCUGUGAAGAUGACCUCCACACAAUUGUUCAGAUGGGGUUUGGCCAAACUGCUAACAGGAAAACAUCAAUACAAUCCCCGAGUUUCAACGGUUCAAAUAAUGCACCACAGAUGAAAGUUGAGCUUUGAUCAGUGAGGACUCACCUUUCAUUACGCCUGAAUUGAAGCCCAGAAGAUUAGGAAGACUGCUGUAUACAACAACAAAAGAUUUAAUUCAACAACCCAUGAAUUAUUAUUAAGCCAUUAUUACU